AUGAGCGACAUCUACCAAGUUUCCGAGGAUGCGUUGGCUGAGAAGAAUAUGGUUAUCACCAGCGACACGAAUCCCCAGUAUGCGUUUGUGGCAAAUUAUCUGUGGUUCUUUUACGUCGAAGACAAUACAUUUCGGAUCACGGCUUACUUCAAAGAUCACCCAGACAUUGAAUACCACGCUUCUGUGAAGAUAUGGUUUAAAGAUGAACACUUCUGUCAUUACGAACGGACAGAGCAGUUUCCAUUCGAAGAGAAAAAUGGAGAUGAAUAUGAUAUUACUGACCAGGACUGGGUCUCCAUCGAAGUCACAUUUCGAGUCACAAAGCUUCACUGCGAGAAGUACAUCGGACCACCCGAGACAGAACAGGCUGGGACGAUUGUCGUCAUUGGAGACCAGAAGGUGUUCCUGAAUAUGGAGGUUCGUGUGGUGGUACAUCAAUUGCGUUACAUUCUAGACUUUCAGACUGUGAUUCUGCAAUCCGAAAUUCUCAGCGAUGCGUUCAACAACUCCGAAGAUGUGACCAUCAAGCUGUGUGACAUGGAUCCAGAUGUAUUUUUCGAGAUGCUCCGAGUCUUGAAUCCACCGUUCAAACGGAUCUCAAAGCACUACUUCACUGAACUCUUGCUCCUCGGUUGCCGAUUUCGGAUGCAUAAUCUUCUGGUUCGUCUUGAUGAGUUCUCCAAGUCUGCAGACUACGAUCCAAACUGGAUAACACGAGUGGCAUGGAAGAGAAUCCAAACAGUUCUUCGUGAAGAUCCCGCAUUCUGUAUUCAAGUUCUCGACAAUUUCCGUUUGACACGACGAAAUUUGAAGCCAGUGAGAAAAGUGAGAAUCCGUCAUCCAGAAGUUUCGGAUGUCUAUCAUGAAAUCAGCGAUACCGGACCAUCUUGCAUAGGAUCCCUGUGCAACUUCUGUUCCAACCACAAAACCCAAAUAAUUUAUUUCAUUCUUUGUCUGUUUUUAAUUGAAAAUUUGAUUCUUUUGAUUCGGUUUCUCAGUGUGUAUAAGAAACGGGACAUUUAA